GAAAUUGUCAGCAAAACAGAUGGUGCAGCAUAACUGUUGAAGGGGUCUUACGGUUUAUGACUUGUCAAGCAAUACAAGGUUGCGGUUGAUGGGAUCGGUUCCAGAUUACCAAGAAAAACAUCGAAAAGGCUUUCUUUCUCAUUCUUUACGGGACAUCAAUGUCCAUUAUGUUCCUUCUUUAUGAUCUUGUUUGUUCAGUUUUCUGUCUUUUUCCCUUCCAAUUCAUUCAGUCAAAUUCUCCACAAAGAAUUUGAUCAUCCUCAGCAUCCAAGUCUUUAGGUAAAAGGCCAAAUACUUGGAUUUCUGGACAACCUUCGUAGCUCUCCAGCACAAAUGCCAGUCACAGCUAUUGUCACAGCUGUUGCGGCCACAGCUGCAAGUACAUUAGUCGUUGCCGGGAUCUUUUUCUUGAUCUUCUACAAAUUAGCUAUGGCUAGAAAGCGUGAGAGAGGGAAAUUUGAUUCAAGUUUUCGUCGAGAAGGAAGCGUUUCGAGUCAUCGACAGUUCAUUCAACAAGGGGGAGCUGUCAAAGGGUUGGCUGUUAAUGAGAGUGGGUUGGAUGUUCUUUACUUGAGAGAGCCUGAAAAAGUAGACCUCAAGAGGUGUUUCUCCAAAAUUUGGGUGAAUCCAAUGGUAGUAGGAGGAGGAGAAGAAAAUAGUAUUGAUAGGAAAGCAGAUAAAUCCAUGACCCCUGGAACAAUUCAGGAAAUUCCAUUACUCCAUGAUUCAUCCAAUACAGCUAAUUUUGCCACCCAAGUCUCCAAAACAGGUCCACUUAUCCCCAAAAGGCAAACUCCACCUCCACCUCCUCCCCCUCCUCCUCCACCACCACCACCACCACCACCACUACCACCUCGGCCUCCGCCUCCUCCUCUUUUGAAAAAAGCUCCCGCUCCGCCUCCUCUGCCACCAAAUUCAGCGAAGAGAAACCCGGCUCCCCCGCCUGGGAAGGGCGGUUUGGUUUCAUCACUGAAACCCCCUCCUGUGCCAAGGGGAAAGACAAACAACAAUAGCAGGGGAGAGGCUCCUCUCACCGGAGAAAGCAGCGCAAAGGGGGUUGGUGAUGUCAAGUUGAAACUGAAGCCACUCCACUGGGACAAGGUCACUGCAAAUGUUGAUCACUCAAUGGUCUGGGAUCAGAUCAAUCUUGAUGGAUCUUUCCGAUUUGAUGAUGAACUUAUGGAAUCUCUAUUCGGAUACACUCACGACAAUCAGAAACCUACGGAAACCGAUAGAUUCGCGAAUUUGACUAAUCCCAACUCUGCUUCAUCACGUCAAAUUUUCAUCCUUGAUCCAAGGAAAUCCCAAAACACCGCUAUAGUACUUCGAUCCCUCAGUGUAUCCCGCAAAGAAAUCCUCGAUUCCCUCCUAGAAGGCCGAGGCCUCAGCCCUGAUACCCUCGAAAAACUCACAAAAAUCUCCCCAACCCAAGAAGAAUCCUGUAAAAUCCUCCAGUUCAACGGCAGCCCAACGAAACUAGCCGACGCCGAGUCUUUCCUCUACCAAAUCCUGAAACCCGUCCCCUCCGCAUUCACCCGUUUCAAUGCGAUGCUCUUCCGGUCAAGCUACGACUCCGAAAUCCUCCACCUCAAGGAGUCCAUCCAAACCCUAGAACUAGGUUGCAAAGAACUACGAAACCAAGGCAUUUUCUUCAAACUCCUACAAGCUAUCCUAAAGGCCGGUAACCGAAUGAACGCCGGUACGAACCGGGGAAACGCGCAGGGGUUCAACCUCACCGCUCUCCGGAAACUCUCCCACGUCAAAAGCACGGACGGUAAAACCACUCUCCUCGACUUCGUAGUCGAACAAGUAGCUCGAUCAGAAGGCAAGCGCAAGAAGUUGAAUCAAAACCCUAGCUUCGGAAAAGGCGAUUAUAAUAAUCCAACAAAAAGAAACGAUUUUGACGGCGGAGACGCAAGAGAAGAGCACUUACAGCUGGGGUUGCCAGCGUUGGAAACCCUGAAUGCGGAUUUCACAAACGUGAAGAAAUCAGCUGUGAUAGACUACGAUGGUUUCAUCAACGCGUGUUCCAAUUUGGAAGCUAGGGUUUGUGAGAUUAGGGUUAUGGAGAAGGGGGAGAGUGGGGGGUUUGUGAGGGAAAUGAAGGUGUUUUUGGAGGAAUGCGAGGAGGAGAUUAGGGUUGUGAGGGAGGAGCAGGUUAGGGUUAUGGAGGUGGUGAGUAAGACGACGAAGUAUUACCAGGCGGGGGGUGAGAAGGAGAGAGGGGGGAAUCCGCUGCAGUUGUUUGGGAUUGUAAAAGAUUUCUUGGGUAUGGUUGAGGGAGUUAGGGUUGAGAUUGGGAGGAGGAGGAGAGAGAAGGGGAGUGGGGUGAGGACUGAAUUACGGUUGUCGUCGCCGCCGCAGUCUCCGCCACCGUCGCGGCCGAGGACGCCGGUGAGAGCACAGAAUUUUCGGGUGGAGUUUAUGGGAGGUAAGGCAGGUGGGAGUGGUACUUCUAGUGAAUCAGAUGGUGAUUUCUCUGAAGCUAGCUAGUCGGAAUCUAAGUCACAUAAUCCUUGUGUACAACCAUUUACUCCCGUUCCCAGUUCUCGUUCUAGCGAAUUUUACGAGUAGUUUUUGAGAUUUUUGAAAGUCAGCUUUUAGGCUUGCCAACUUGCUUAAGUGUGAAGAUAGUGCAGUGGCUUCUGUUCUUCAUGGGGAAUUGUCAGCAAUUCGUCUAGCUUGUGCGAUGGUUAAAGACACAAGGAAUGUCAAAUAUUUCCUUUGAAUCAGAUUUCAAGGAAGCUAUUCAGAAUUUCAGUCAAGUGUUUCAGAAUUAGUACUCCUUGGGUUGCUUAUUGCUUUGGUUCUGGACAUCAGGGAUUUCUUGAGUUGAAGUGGAGCAAUCAUCGAGUGGGUGAGGUAUCAUGGUACUGAAUAAUCCUUCAGCAGAUUCGUCGCUCCAGCUCUCAAAUCAUUGUUCUCAUGAAGUUUAGUAAAUUUGGAUGUCUUUAGAAGUUGUUCCACACUCGAGCACCCCUAUUUCCGAUCGGGCAUGACGAUUAUGUGACUAAGAUCACAAAUCCGUGAGUCCGUUCAAAGGGCCUGUUUGGCCGAUGCAAUUUUCCAUUUUGAGCUAUGAUCUUUUGGUUUUCAUGUGUUUGAGAGCCAACCCUAGAGUGAAGAAAGUGCAGGUGGCUUUUGUUCUGCAAGGGGAAUUGUCAGCAAUUCGUUUAUACUACUAGCUUGUGCCAUGGCUAAAAAGACAAAGGAAUGUGGAAUAUUUCCUUUGAAUCAGAUUGCAAGGAAUCAAUUCAGUCAAGUGUUUCAGAAUUACUAAUACUCACCUUUGAUUAUUUCCUGAAUCAAAGGGGAUCGAGCAAUCGUCAAGUUCGUGAGCUGUUCAGCUAACAAAUGCAGUGCCUUCUCUAACUAAUACUAUUCUCUUCCAGUUUUUUUUUUUGGAGGACUUUUCCCCCUCCAUGAUGUCUUUCUUGUUCAGCUUUUUUGGCUGUUUUCACAACCGUGACCAAACACUGUGUUAGAAAAGAACGGUAGAAUAUAGAACUCAAAAACUUGAGAUGAUCCUUUCGCAGAAUCUUGGCACAUAUUAUUCAAACAUUUUUUCACAGAUUCUAGUUGAAAUGUAAAUUUUUGUUAUCAUUU